UCUCCCUUCAACAGAACUGUGUUCAGAGAGGAGACACCAUGCCCUCCACCCUCACAGCCCUGCUCUGCCUAGGGCUGAGCGUGGGCUUGAGGACCCCAGUGCAGGCAGGGACCCUCCCAAAACCCACCCUCUGGGCUGAGCCAGGCCCUGAGAUCCCUCAGUUGAGCCCCGUGACUAUCUGGUGUCAGGGGACCCUGCAGGCCCAGGAGUUCCGUCUGGAUAAAGUAGGCAGCCCAUCACCCUGGGACAGACAGAUCCCACUGGAUCCCAAGAACAAGGCCCAGUUUUCCAUCACAGAGAUAAUAGAGCUACAUGCAGGGACAUAUCAGUGUUACUAUGUCAGCCAAGGUGUUUGGUCAGAGCGCAGUGACCCCCUGGAGCUGGUGGUGACAGGAUUCUACUACAGCAAACCCAGGCUCUCAGCCCUGCCCAGCCCUGUUGUGACCUCAGGAGGGAAUGUAAGUCUCCAGUGUGGCUCAUGGCAGGAAUUUGAAAGGUUCAUUCUGACUAAGGAAGGAGAAGAAAGGCUCUCCUGGACCCUGGACUCACAGCAACACCCCAGUGGGCAGGUCCAGGCCCUGUUCUCUGUGGGUCCAGUGACCCCCAGCCACAGGUGGAUGUUCAGAUGCUAUGGAUAUAACACUAACACAUCCCAGCUGUGGUCACUCCCCAGUGAUCCCGUGGAGCUCAUGAUCCCAGGAGCAGCUGACACCAUCAGCCUAUCACACAACAGCUCAGAUAACACAAGUGACUUCCACCCCCAAGACUACACAGUGGGGAACCUCAUCCGCAUGGGCAUGGCUGGCCUGGUCCUGGUGGUCCUCGGGGUGCUGCUGUUUCAGGCUCAAGACAGCGAGAGAAUGGCCCAGGCUGCUGCCAGGACCUGAACACAGAGGUAAAGGAGCAUCUUUCAGAGUGGAAGAGCCUUAGAAAUGAAGUCAUGUGCCCAG